GGAAUGUUCAACUCCUGACUCCGGCGGAAGCGUGGAAGUCGCGCGUGGCCGCCGUCCUCCUGUCCCCCCCGGCUGCCGCUCGCGCCGGCCCGGGACUCAGAUUUGGAGGAAGUAUCCUACUUUGUCAUUAUGAGAUGUCGUCUCUCGGCGCCUCCUUUGUGCAAAUCAAAUUUGAUGACUUGCAGUUCUUUGAAAACUGCGGCGGAGGAAGUUUUGGGAGUGUUUACCGAGCCAAAUGGAUAUCCCAGGACAAGGAGGUGGCAGUCAAGAAGCUGCUCAAAAUAGAGAAAGAGGCAGAAAUACUCAGUGUCCUCAGUCACAGAAACAUCAUUCAGUUUUAUGGAGUAAUCCUCGAACCUCCCAACUACGGUAUCGUCACAGAAUAUGCUUCUCUGGGGUCACUCUAUGAGUACAUCAACAGCAACAGAAGUGAAGAGAUGGACAUGGAUCAUAUUAUGACCUGGGCCACUGACGUAGCCAAAGGGAUGCACUAUUUACAUAUGGAGGCCCCUGUCAAGGUGAUUCAUAGAGAUCUCAAAUCAAGAAACGUUGUUAUAGCUGCUGAUGGGGUAUUAAAGAUCUGCGAUUUCGGUGCCUCUCGGUUCCAUAACCACACCACACACAUGUCUUUGGUUGGAACGUUCCCGUGGAUGGCUCCAGAGGUUAUCCAAAGUCUCCCCGUGUCUGAAACGUGUGACACAUAUUCCUAUGGAGUGGUUCUCUGGGAGAUGCUAACAAGGGAGGUCCCCUUUAAAGGUUUGGAAGGAUUACAAGUAGCUUGGCUUGUAGUGGAAAAAAACGAGAGAUUAACCAUUCCCAGCAGUUGCCCCAGGAGUUUUGCUGAACUGUUACACCAAUGUUGGGAAGCUGAUGCCAAGAAGCGGCCGUCUUUCAAGCAGAUCAUUUCCAUUCUGGAGUCCAUGUCGAACGACACUAACCUUCCUGACCAGUGUAACUCAUUCCUGCACAACAAGGCCGAGUGGAGGUGCGAGAUUGAAGCCACCCUGGAGAGGCUGAAGAAACUAGAACGAGAUCUCAGCUGCAAAGAGCAGGAGCUCAAAGAACGAGAGCGGCGGCUGAAGAUGUGGGAGCAAAAGCUGACAGAACAGUCCAAUACGCCGCUUCUCUUGCCUCUUGCUGCAACAAUGUCUGAGGAGUCUUACUUUGAAUCUAAGACAGAGGAAUCAAACAGUGCAGAGAUGUCAUGUCAGAUCACAGCAACAAGUAACGGGGAGGGCCAUGGCAUGAACCCAAGUCUGCGGGCCAUGAUGCUGAUGGGCUUUGGGGAUAUCUUCUCAAUGAACAAAGCAGGAGCUGUGCUGCAUUCUGGGAUGCAGAUAAACAUGCAAGCCAAGCAGAAUUCUUCCAAAACCACAUCUAAGAGAAAGGGGAAGAAGGUCAACAUGGCCCUGGGGUUCAGUGAUUUUGACAUGUCAGAAGGUGAUGAUGAUGAUGAUGAUGAUGAUGAUGAUGAUGAUGAUGGUGAGGAGGAAAAUGACGUGGAUAACAAUAGUGAGUGAAAGCAGGAAGCAAAGAAAUGACAUUGACAAUGUUUGGGAAAACAAAAGAAACUUGUUAUCUCAGUUUGUACAAAAGCCAGUAAAGAGGUAGAAAAGCAGCACUGUAUUUUUAGGCAAAUCACAUUUAUAUGGCAGUCAUUUCUCUAUUUUAUUUUCAAUUUAUUUUUGCUUAGAGAAAAAUAGCAAGAAAUUUUAAGGAAAAAAUGGUAUAUUUAAUAAAUCAGCAAACAAGGUGCCUGAUUGUAGAAAUUUAUGAUUCUAUAUUUAUAUAUAUUGUGUUUUUAAAGUAAUGACAUCCUGUUUUUUUAAAAAAAAAUGAACACUUCAUAGUUUUGAUUUGACUUUGUUAAUUCAAAUGCUUAACAAAACUUAAGUUUGAAUAUGGGUCCUUUCAACUACUAAUUCUGUUGCGAUGCUUGAUUUUCUUACAAUGUACUUUAUGGGGAUAUACUGUACUGUCAAAAAUAAUUAAUAGUAACAACAAAACCCAACAAUAAAACACUUGAUGAUAGAAGUUUAGUACAGAUAUUUCAGAAAUACCUAAAUGGCAGGGAUUUUCCGUGCUUUGCAGCCCAGCUCUCCAAGUCAAACCUGAAAGGUAUUCUGAGCAGCAUGUGUGAAGACAGCAACAGAUGGUGCCGGCUCUUGUUUCAGGGCCAGCCCUGAAUGCUGCUUCAAGGAACCCGCUGUCCUCUAGGGCUCUGCUGAUUCUUGGCAUGGUGCAAAGUGUGCUCUACGAGGGCUCCUUCCAGCAGGAGUGGGUGUCAAUGUGAGCCUGGGCUGCACUUGCAGUAAGGGUGUGAAGAGAGGUGCGGAGAGACAUCCCAAAGAGGGAACUAAACAUUGUGAAAGGAAGAAAAAGCUCUACUAGUGUCGGCAUAGUCCAGACCUAAGGGUCCUUUAUCUGUUGAUGUAGCCUUCCAGACCAGCCUUUGAGCCCUGCGUCAGCCCCACCAGUCUUAGGGAGAAAUAUAUCUGGCAAGUCAGAGAGUAUCCUGAUGUUCCACAUAUUUUUCAAAGCUUAUUUAAAUCCUAAAACUCUCUUUACCAACAACGAAACCCUACAGAAUAUUCUUGGUUAUCAAAAGAAAGGUAAACAAGCAAAGACAUUUUGGGGGGUCUUCCUUUGAAAGACAUGCUAUUGAUCUGCCUGGUAAACCCAGUAUUUUGGGCCACUCCUUUUAGGGAAGAGUAAAGAAGAAGAGAACACUCUAGACAACAUCUAAUACUAUUUCUAAGUAUAUUCAGCCAUAAAAGAAAUCUCGGAAAUUGAAGCAUGGCGUACCACUCAUACUCAUUAAGAACUGAGAAAUAGCACAGAAGAAUCAUCCCUCUGGACCAACUUUGAUUGGAGAAAUGUCACUCAUGUUCUGAGUAUGAGAUGGAAUAGUCUUGAUAGCACAGUUUUAAGAGAGAGCUCUAGAGUGUUAUUGUAAUUCAGAAUCCUGGAUCUCCUUUUGGUGCAACCCUGGGCCAAAGAUCAAAGAUCUUAGGUAGCCUUGUUGUCUCUGUUCGCUCAGCAUUAGUAGGGAACUGCGAAUAGUGCCUACUUCCAAGGAUUGUUGUGAUGAGACAGAAAGGUAGUUCAUGGAAAGCACUACUUACAGGCCCAGGAUCAUGAUCUUUUAGCUCAUGUCAUUCAUUUGUGUUAGCUAUUAUAAAUCACAUCAAUGAAAGAUGGGUAGUGAGGGGAGUGGUUUCAGUAACCCUCUAAAAAAUGAAACCAUUGAUUUAAAGUGAUAUUUGUUGAUUGGUACCAGGUGAAAUUCAAAGUGGGUCACUUUCAGGAACGAUAGAACAUUCUUAGAAUGAAUGCUUCGUAAGCAGAUUUACUCUGUUCUUCAUUAAACACUGUAAGGCCAGGUUAGAUUUGCCUCGCUUGAGGUAUUUGCAGUCCGUAUGUGUAUCCUCCAAGUAAAUGCACACAGGAAGACUAGGUAGGUAACCAUUCCUGCAGGAGACAGAUUCCCUUCAACCCACCCUGUUGCCAUUUUCAUGAUUGUGCACACCACCCCACACUAUAGGGCUGAUGGCAAAUAUGCACACAUAGGGAGGCUGCACAUCUGCUUCAGAGACAACAACUCCCUAAGUCAAGCCAAGCCUCCCAGCCAGAAUUCUGGGCAUGGAGCCCCAGGGGAAAUCUCCACUCUUGACUUCCCAGCAUGCUCUGGGGCAUUGGGAACCGCUACUUCAUAGUGAGCUGUUUAAAGCCUCUUUCGAGGGGGCAGAGCCAUAAUACAGCUGGUAGGAAGCUUGCCUUGCACAAAGCCAACCCAAUUUCUAUCCCCAAUACCACAAAUGGUCCCCCAAAUUCCACUGGGAAUGAUCUCUAAGUGCAGAGCCAGUAGUAAGUCCUGAGCACAGCAGGUAUGACCCCCCAAACAAAAAAAUUAAAAUUAAAAAUUUUAAAUGCCUCUUGCACAUCUUCCCGGCAAAGACAAACUCCUCCUUUCCACAGAUAUUCACUGAGCCCCUCUUUGUGCCAGAUACUAUUUUCAGAUCAGCUAGAUAAAAAUAUGUGCACCCAGGGACCUUGCAGGCUAGUGAGUGAAGAUAGACAUGCGUAAACCCAAUGUAUCAUAUAGCCAUAAACAUCGGCUAAGUGCAUGCCAAAGAAAUGACACAGGAGGAGGAGAAGGCACAGGGAAAAUGUUGUGGUUUUUCAAGUGAGGUCAGGAAAAGGUCUCGCUGAUAAGGGAAUCUCUGUGUCUCAAUUUGGGAUCUGUGUGCUUUACGUAAGAGGGUAGAUCUGGAAGGGGUUUGAGGGCAGUUGAAUCAGUGACAGAGCCUGUGUUUUGCUUGUAGAAGCCCUGGAAUCCACCCUCAGCACCACAAAGCAAGAGAAGAUAAACCUUGUCUUUCCUUCAUGAAAAAGUCAGCAAUAAAUGUGUAACAUGACAGGAAUAAAAAGGACAUUUUCUCUCAACUUAUAUGUAAGGCUAUUAUGAUCAUAUACAAAGUUUUGGUGCAUAACCAAAAGCAACUAAAUUGCUCCCGAGAAAAAAGGUUCUGUACUCAGGCCUAGAUUUGCCACUGUAGAUCAAAUUUGUCUAAUCUCUUAACUGCAGCUGUUUUCCUCACCACUGUUGGAAAACAGCAGACCCCAACACUCUGAGGAUGAGAAACAGCCAGGACUUGGGAUAUAGCAGCCUACAAGCCCCAAUGAUCCACUUGAAAUUGUUCACCUACAGUCAGGUUAUAAUAAUUACCCUACAGCACUGGUUGUUUUGCUUUCUGUUCCAAAUCAUUGUCCUUUUUAGAAACUGGAACAUAGCUGAAAUUUGAAUCAUAGUAGGACUUUUUCUAUUUUGCUGUGUUGAGGAUCAUACCAAGGGCCUUAAGCAUGCAAGGUCUGUGGUCUACCAUUGAACCACAUCCCCAGCCCCAAACAGAAUUUUAAGGUGACCUCUCUCUGUGAAGGUUAUUCAGAAGUCUUUGGACUCAAUUUGUUUUAUUAGUUUUAAAGCAAGUUUACUGUCCAUAAGUAAAGUUUCUAAUGAUGAUGCUCAUUUUACCACUCCUGAUUCUCUUCUCAGAAUCAUAUUUUAGAAUGACAAAUGGUGGUAGAUUUGUUUUCAAUUACUUGACUUACAAAAAUAUGCUGAUUUAUUUUAAAAGAAUUUAGAAAAAGAAAAAAGAGGAAAGUUGAGCUAGAGAGAUAGUACAAUGGGUAAGAUAUUUGCCUUGCACACACUGACCCAGGUUUAAUCCCCAGCACUCCAUAGGGUCCUCCUGCCCCCAAACCCCACCAGAAAUAAUCCUGAAUGCUGAGCCAGGAGUUAGCCCUGAGCACUGCUGGAUGUGUCUCCAAAACAAAAAGUCAAACACAGAACUAAAUAUGCAAAAACUGAGAAUUGAAACAACACUCUCUGAGCAGUUCCAACUGCAGCAGAGAUGUCAGUUGACGGCAUAAUUUUGGUUCUCCCUGUAACUGGAAGCCUGUGCUUAGUGCCCUGCACCAACAACAGUAUAUCCUGUAUGCCAGGGACAGUCCCACCUAUAAACAAUUCCACCCCAGAUACCAAUGACUUUGUCCCUCCCAACACACACACACACACACACACACACAUACACACACAUCUCAAAUAAAAUUACUCAAGGCCAGAAAUCACAACUACUACACAACUUGGAGCUUGUCAGUAGUUUUUGUGUGACAGUUAUCCCAAGCCUCCACUCAUGGAAAUGGUGUCUUCCCCCCAUGCCCCAUAAGAACUCAUGUGGAAGCUUUGUGAAACUUUUUGACAAAGGGGAUCUGAGUCCCAGGGUGCUACACUGAUCCCAUAAAAGUUAAAAAGAAAAGCUUCGCUCUGAAAUAGUUACAAUUCUGCACAGUCAGUCAUCCUGUUGAUUUAAAAAGACCCUUUUCUGGGGCCGGAGAGAUAGCAUGCCUUGCAUGUGGCUGACCCCGGUUCAAUUCCCAGCAUCUCAUAUGGUCCCUGAGCCUGCCAGGUGUGAUUCCUGAGUGCAGAACCAGGAGCAACCCCUGAGCAACAUCAGGCAUGGCUCCAAAAUCCAAGAUAAUAAAAUUAAAGGACCCCUUUUUAAACUUAUUAUUUGUUUUUAAUUUUUACAAAAUCACAUUUUAAUAUAUUCUGGAAGUAGCUAGUGACAAGAGGUUGAGGGAUUACAAGAGGCUUGACUGAAAUGACUUGGAUAGGUUGAGGGCUGGCUUUAAGUCUGAUCCUUCACAUGCUAUUAAAGAUUUGUUGAACUCAGGGCUGGAGUGAUAGUACAGCAGGUAGAGUGUUUGCCUUACACUCGGCCGACCUGGUUUCAAUCCCCAGCAUCCCAUAUGGUCCCCCAAGCAUCUCCAGGAGUAAUUCCUGAGUGCAGAGCCAGGAGUAACCCCUGAACAUCACUGGGUGUGACCCAAAGAGGAAAAAAAAGAUUUGUUGGACUCUGGCCCCAGAAGAACUAUUCAAACUUGCUCUCCACAAAGGUCAGGGAAUCAGGAGAUAGAAGGAAGGCUUGGAAGACCCCAGAAUGACCUCUCACUAGGGCUACAAUCUAUGUCACUUUUAAGUUUCCGUGGGGGUGAUAAGAUUGUCAUGCAAGAUCAUUUUAAAACUUUUUGUUCUAAACUAAAUAUUGAUUGUUUAAGGGUUUUUUGUUGUGUUUUGUUGGGGGAUGCUCUAGACUUCUUUAUGACCCUUUUGAAACUAGCCACCCAGUAGAACAUAUAUGUCAUAGAGCAUAAUUUUUCUAUAAUCAGGCACCUUCAGCUACUUUUGAGUGAGAUUGUUUUCCUGUUUAGAAUUAAAUCAUUACCAAAGAGAAGAAUCUGUUCUGUUCAGUCCGCAUAGCCUAGCCACAUAGCUUUGGACGCAGCAUCUCUGUAAUGGGAAAUGAGUGACUCCCAGGAAACCUGCAGGACUAACCUCAUUUCCUUGAGUCCAGAUUAGUUUGAACUCAAUUGCCUGUGAGAAACUUGCUGGCAUGUAAUUCUUUACUUCGAAACUAGAAUUUCAAGCACAUACAUUAAUUAUAUUGUGUGCAGAAUAGUGUACCUUCUUAGCGUCAGAAACAAGGCACUGCACUUACUGCUUUUGCACUGUUUUCAAAAGUUUUGUACUAAAUAAUAGAAAAUAUUUAUAUUCUUUUGAGUGUAAGCUUUGAGUAGAUGGCACUAUCACUUUGCUGUUUUUUAAAAACAAAAUCCUUUUCUCAAUUACUCUAUUGCAAUGUUAUCUGAGAAAGUCCUAUGCCAAAUACCGUGUAUAAUGUUUAUGUGGAAUAUUAAAUUUUACUCCUGUGUGACAAGGCUACUCAGUUAUUGACUUCAUAGUUGGAAUUUGAUAUUCCGAGACAAAGUCCACAAUGUAUUCAGAAAUCUAGGUUGGUGUCAGACAUUUCGUUUUGAUGUGAACUCUUGCUUUUCUUUGUUUUAAGAUUCCGUUUUGCAAUAAACGUUUUGAC